AUGGGCAAGCUCAUCCGCCUUGAGCUCUUCAACUUCAAGUCGUACAAGGGCCACCAUACCCUCCUCUUCGGCGACUCAUACUUCACCUCCAUCAUUGGUCCAAAUGGAUCCGGCAAGUCGAAUUCCAUGGAUGCCAUAUCCUUCGUUUUGGGCAUCAAGUCGUCUCAUCUACGCUCCGCUCAUCUCAAGGACCUCGUAUAUCGUGGCCGUGUGCUGAAGACAUCCAAGAUCAACGACGACGGGUCUGCCGAGGCGAAUGGAGAUGCGAACGGGCUGGCAGACACCGACGACAAGGCAUCCAGAGGCGAUCCGAAGACGGCAUGGGUCAUGGCUGUAUACGAAGACGACGCGGGCGAGGAGCAGAAGUGGAAGCGCGCCAUCACCAACCAGGGAGCUAGCGAAUACCGCAUCAACGACCGCGUCGUCACCGCGCUGCAGUAUAACGAGGCCCUGGAGACGGAGAAUAUCUUGAUCAAGGCCCGCAACUUUUUGGUCUUCCAAGGCGAUGUGGAAGCGAUUGCUUCCCAGUCUCCCCAGGACCUGACCCGCCUCAUUGAGCAGAUCUCCGGCAGCCUGGAGUACAAGGCCGAGUACGAGAAACUACAAGUAGAGGCUGAGCAGGCCGCCGACAAUCAAAACUUCCAGCUGCACAGACGCCGCGGCAUCAACUCCGAGAUCAAGCAGUAUCGCGAACAGAAGAAGGAGGCCGACAGUUUCCAGAGGAAGACGGACGAAAAGGACGCUGCCAUCAUCACUCAGUGUCUCUGGAAGCUCUAUCAUUUCCAGAGGGCCAUGGAUGAGUCCAGUGCUGCCAUUCAAGACCACCAAGAGGACCUCAAAGAACUUCGACGCAAUAUUGAAUCCUUUGAGCUUCGUCUCGACGCGGCUCGGAAGGAGCAGAACGCGGCUGGACGCGUCGUGGCCCGAACCGAGAAAGAAAUCAAGCUCAAAGAGAGGACAAUCGAAGACAGGGAGAAUGCACUCGUUCCAUUUGACGAAAAAGUCCACGAAUCGUCGCAGCAGGUCGACCGGCUGCAGUCUCAGAGCCAGAAGGUGUCCAAGGAACUCGACGAGCAAGCCGACAUUGUUCAAAAAGUACAGAAAGAUAUCGAAAGCGUCGGAAAAGCUCAGGAGGUCUUUGAGAAGGACAUCAAGGAGCAGAUGAAGAAGCAGGGCAGAGACAUCAGCGACGCCGACCGCAGGGAAUACAACUUGCUACGGACUCAAGUAAUGUCUCGGGCCGGUGCCAAUCAAGCGAAACUCGAGAACCUCGAACGGCAGCGCAAGGCAGACGAAGUUACAGUGAACAAUCUCAAAGGCAAGGUGGAUAGCAUAUCGGCUUCUAUCGAGAAAUGCGAGGCCGAGCUGGCUAGCACCGGCGAGAGGCGCAGCGCCGCUGAUGCGGCAGCCAAAGAGAUCGCAAAUGAGAUUGCCGGCAAGAAGAAGGAGUUCAACCAGCUCCAAUCGGAGCGAGUGCGGACCAAUCAAAAGCGAACCGAGCUCGAGGAGAAGCUCGAGGACGUGGCCCGGAAGCUCCGAGAGGCCGACGAUGGCCGACGCCAAAACGACCGCGAGACUCGCAUGAAGGAGAUGGUCACGUCCCUGAAACGCAUCUUCCCUGGUGUCCGCGGCCGCAUCGGCGAUUUGUGUACGCCGAAGCAGAAAAAGUACGACGAAGCUGUCAUCGUUGCCCUUGGGAGGGACUUUGACUCGGUCGUCGUGGACACCGAGAAGGCCGCGGUCGACUGCGUCCAGUACCUGAAGGAGCAGCGCUUCGCACCCAUGACCUUCAUCCCGCUCGACAACGUCAAGGUCAACGCUGUCAACUCUGCCGUGAAGGGCAUCUCCGGCGCCAGGCUGACCAUUGACACGGUCAACUUUGAAGCCUCUGUGGAGAGAGCUGUCUCGUAUGCUUGCGGGAGCUCCGUCGUGUGCGACACGCUCGACAUUGCAAAGCACAUCUGCUACGAGAGAAAAAUUCACGUCAAAGCCGUGACUCUCGAGGGAUAUGUCAUCCACAAGGCCGGACUCAUGACGGGUGGCCGAGGUCCAGAGCCCAAGGGGGGUAAACGGCGGUUCGAGGAAGCUGAUGUCCAGAACCUGCAGCGCAUGGCCGCGAAACUGAGAGACGAAAUAGAUCGGCUGCCAAAGGCGGAUAGACGUGGCACGGUGGAGGAGUCUCUGCAGAUCGACUUGGCAGGCUUGGAGCGCCGUCUGGCCGCGACAAAGGAGGAAGCGGCCGCGUUCAACCAUAACUGGACUAGCAAGAAACGUGAACUGGACAGCCACAAGAAGCAGCUUCGGGAGCUCCAGCCAAAGUACAAGGAGCAGACGUCCCAGCUGGACAGCACGAGAGAGACGGUGCAGGAGUUCCAGGAUGCCAUUGCGCGCGUGGAGGACCAGGUGUUCGUUGACUUUUGCAGACGACUUGGAUACAGUGAUAUCCGUGCGUACGAAGCAUCCCAGGGCAAAUUUGAGCAAGAGGUGUCGGAGCGGCGAAGCCAGUUCGAGGUCCAGAAGCAGCGGUUGGAGAGCCGCCUCAAAUGGGAGGUUGCACGCCACAAUGACACGGAGGCGCGAAUUCGACGGAUGCAGGAGCAAAUUCGGCGACUCAAGCAGGACAUCAGGUCCUACGUCAAGGAGAAGUCGAACAUCGAGGCAGCGAUGCGCCAAGAACAAGACGAACUGGAGGCACUCCGUGAAACGCUGGAGGAGCAUAAGGCUGAUCUGGUGGAGAGGAAUCAGGCCGUCAGCGAAGCGCGAGCCGAGCUCCAGAGGCGCAGCAAAGACAUCGAAGCGCGACAGCGGGACAUCAAUGCUCUGGAGACGACAGUCCAGAAGAAUAGCGCCAGCAAGUCAGGUCUGCUGCGGAGAUGUCGGUUGGAGCAGAUUCAGAUUCCCCUUGUUGAGGGUACACUCGAUAACCUGCCCAACGAGGAUGACUUGCUUCGACAAGACCCCGACGCGAUGGAUGUGGACGGCGAGGACGAGGAGAUGAUGGACAUUGCUCUUGACGACCACGGCAUCGAGAUCGACUUCGACGGCCUGGGCGACGACCUGAAAGAGUCCGAUGACGCGAGCGUCGAGGACAGCUUGAUGGAGAAAAUCGCGGCCCUGACUGCGGAGCUGGAGAAGCUCAACCCCAACAUGCGAGCAAUGGAGCGACUGGAGAGCGUCGAAACGCGGCUGAAGCAAACUGAUCAGGAGUACGAGGACUCCAAGACAGCGGCGCACGCUGCCAAGGAGGCAUUCAACAACAUCAAGCAGCGGAGGUACGAUCUGUUCAACAAAGCAUUCACGCACAUCCAGGACCAGAUAUCGCAUGUCUACAAGGAUCUUACCCGCUCCGAGGCAUACCCCUUGGGUGGCCAGGCCUACCUGGACAUCGAGGAGGACACGGACAUGCCAUACCUGUCGGGCAUCAAAUACCACGCCAUGCCUCCGCUGAAGCGUUUCCGGGACAUGGAGCACCUGUCCGGAGGAGAGAAGACGAUGGCGGCGCUGGCGCUCCUCUUCGCGAUCCACAGCUAUCAGCCCAGCCCUUUUUUUGUGCUGGAUGAGGUUGAUGCUGCUCUCGACAACGCCAAUGUGGACAAGAUCAAGAAGUACAUCCGCGAGCACGCGGGUCCUGGGAUGCAAUUCAUUGUCAUCAGCCUCAAGACAGGCUUGUUCCAAGACUCGGAAAGCCUGGUUGGAGUCUACCGGGAUCAAGAAGUGAACAGCUCGAGGACGCUAACACUCGACCUACGCAAAUAUGCCUGA